AAUCUACAAUCAGAUAUCUGUCAACUAAUUCAACACAUUUCUGAUGACAAUAUAUAGUGAAAUCAUUAAUUUAUGCUGAACAUUAUUCUUGCAAUUAAUCAAACAAAACUAAAUAAGUCUUAAGACAAAAAUAUGGACUGAAUCAAUAGAGAAAAGUUCUUUUAUUUCUACACAAGAGAAUAAGCGUAUUUUCGUAUAAAUAUUUUUGUAGUCAAAAGGCGUCUGAAUCAUGAUUGAUAUAUGAUCCAAACGUGGAAAGCGAACACGUCCAGGUGCGGGUUACAUGAAACGUUUCUUGGGUCUAGACGUGAUUUCAAACAGAAUCGUAUCUGCAUGCAUUCUAGAUGGAAUUUAAAAAGCAAAUUUCGAUCGAUCUCAAAUUAAAAAUAAGCCGGCAUCGACAUCAUGUUACGAUGAUUUUAGUCUAUCAUGAUAAAUGCAUUCAAUAGGGUGUGAGUGUGAGUGUGGCUGCGGGUGUGGGUGUAUCGGUAUAGGUGGAGUGUGGCUGUUGGUGUAGGUGUAUCGGUAUAGGUGGAGUGUGGGUGUGGGUGUAUGGCUGUGGGUGUGUUGGUAUCACUGUAAACAACAAAGUCAGCGAAGCCCAUAUCCACCGCAGUCACAACACACCCACACCAACCCCCACCCAGACACUCACCCACACCCACACCCACAUCAAUCUCAAAUGAGUAAUCUUUCAAUAAUUAAGAGAAGGAAAAAGAAAAAUUAUAGUCGAUUAGUUAAACGAUUAAGACAUAAAUUUAGAUUAGCUAAUAUUAUAAUACGAAAAUCAGAUAAAUCUAAAGUAUUUCAUUUGGGACUAACAGAAGAUUAUCAUAAGAAAUUUGAAGAAUAUAUAGAGAAAACUAAAGCAUAUCAAUGUUUAGGAAUUAAUGAACCAUUACCAGAUUUAAUCAAACGUACCAAUAAAUAUUUACUGGAUUUACGUUUAACCAAAUGGAUUACUCAGAAACAAUAUGAAUUAUUAUUUAUUAAUCGAAAUGAAGUUGAACUCGCUCAUUUAUAUUAUUUACCAAAAGCUCAUAAACUUGGUACUCCACUCCGUUCCAUAGUUUCUGGUCUUAAACAUCCAACAGUUCAAAUUGCAAAAUUUCUUGAUAAUUUACUUCGACCUUUGUUCGAUACAAUGGUCUCCAAGUCAACUGUAACUUGUGCCUUUGAAUUAGUUAAAGACUUAUAA